AUGGUUUCCCCCGCUGCUGCCACCAGCUCCUCCUCCUCUUCCUCCUUUUCUGUCCAAAUACCUAGGAUCAUCUUCCGUUACCUCGUCGUCGCGCUCGCUUUAAACGUCUACAUGGCUCCAGGUGCGACGGUCGCGGACAAGCUCGAAAAUGCCUUCGCGAACAUGUUCGGGUCCAUGGUGCGACCGUUGAGUUCGUGGACGCGAGCGAAAGAGUUUUACACCGUUCUAGAAACGACCGGUGCGGUGGCGGUCUUGAAAGUCGCCUUGUUGUGCAAAGCGAUCGCGUAUACGCUGAGACGGAAGAACAGCAGAGCAACAGAAGCACAAGCGCAAGAAGGAAAGAAAAAAGAGUAA